GUGGCGAUGUCCCGAUACCCGCCUGCGACGCCGUGGUGGCUGUUUCCCUGUCUCUUCAGUAGAGAGUUUAGACCCCACCCAGUCUUCAUGUACGGCCGACCGCAGGCUGAGAUGGAACAGGAGGCUGGGGAGCUGAGCCGGUGGCAGGCAGCGCACCAAGCUGCCCAGGAUAACGAGAGCUCAGCGCCCACCUUGAACAUGUCUUCAUCUUCUGGAAGCUCUGGAGUGCACACCUCUUGGAACCAAGGCCUACCAAGCAUGCAGCACUUUCCUCACGGCGCAGAGAUGCUGGGGUCCCCUUUGGUGUCUGUUGAGGCGCCGGGGCAGAAUGUGGAUGAAGGGGGGCCACAGUUUAGUAUGCCACUGCCUGAGCGUGGUAUGAGCUACUGCCCCCAAGCGACUCUCACUCCUUCCCUGAUGGCUUACUGUCAGAGAGUGUCUCCCCCUCAGCAAGAGAUGAUUUUCAGUGGGCCCCAACUAAUGCCCACAGGAGAGCCCAAUAUUCCAAGGGUGGCCAGGCCCUUCAGUGAGAAUCUAAGGAUGCCCCCCAAUGGGCUGCCAGUCUCGGCUUGCACUGGAAUCCCAAUGAUGUCCCACACUGGGACCCCUCCAAUGCCUUACCCUGGCCUCUCGACAGUACCUUCUGACGAAAUGUUGUUGGGCCCGACCGUACCUUCCACUGAGGCCCAGGCAGUGCUCCCCUCCAUGGCUCAGAAGUUGCCCCCGCAAGAUGCCCAUGACCUUGGGAUGCCCCUAGCUGAGUCCCAGUCAUUGCUGGUUUUAGGAUCUCAGGCCUCUCUUGUCAGUCAGCCAGACUCUCAAGAAGGCCCAUUUCUACCGGAGCAGCCCAGACCUGCUCCACAGACAGCAGAGAAGAACUCCAGGCCUCAGCAAAGGACUGGUAGAGGGGGCUCCUCAGAGGCAAGGCCUUACUGCUGCGACUACGAGAACUGCGGAAAAGCUUAUACCAAGCGCUCCCAUCUCGUGAGCCACCAGCGCAAGCACACAGGUGAGAGGCCGUAUUCUUGCAACUGGGAAAGUUGUUCAUGGUCUUUCUUCCGUUCUGAUGAGCUUAGACGACAUAUGCGAGUACACACCAGAUAUCGACCAUAUAAAUGUGAUCAGUGCAGCCGGGAGUUCAUGAGGUCUGACCAUCUCAAGCAACACCAGAAAACUCAUCGGCCGGCACCCUCAGACCCACAGGCCCCCGAGGGAGAGCAGGACAGUCCUCCUGCUGCUGGUCCUUAGGUGAAUGAAGAAGGAAGAGGAUUCCAGGCAGAGAGCACUGGACAUGGCAACUGCUCAGAGGAGAGGCAGUCCUCAAGUUCUACAUUCAUUCAGCAAAAUGGUUUUUGAGCCCACAAUACUGAGCGCACCAAGGCUGUGGAGACCCGUGGUGAGGAGCAUGGAGUUAACUAAAGGAUGUGUCAGGGAAGAAAGACUUCUCAAGGAGGUGCCUCCAUCAGACCCGAAGGACUCAUGGGGGCUAGCUGCACCUCAUAUUUCUUGGACAUAUACCGUUGGACAUGUCUGUCUUCUGGAAACUAUGGCAUAGACAGUAAGGAUUCAGGGGUGCAUGAAGGCACCCCGCCUCUGCAGAGCAGAAAGAUCAUAGACAACAUUUAUAAUGUGUCAUCAGUGCUGCCAAGAAGAGAAGCUGGUCCUCUGCGGGCUCAAGCCUAUCUGGGCCUCUGGGGAAGCCCCACAGCCUUGGCCGUGCCUGCCCCUGCCCUCCCACCCCUACCGUGACCCUGUCCUGCUUUGCUGCCUUUGUCUGUGUUACUAGUGGCCCCAGUAUACCUGGGAUGGACAUCCAGGUGCCCUUCAUCCAAGCUCCUAUGUGAGGGGAGUGGACAUGAUUAAAAGAACAGGGGCAGAAGGGGCUCAUUUAUGACCCAUUCACUAGCCCCAGGGAUUGAA